GUUCCUCCGCUGCGCGCGCCACGUCUCCCUUAGCUAGCUUGUGGGGGACAAGAAGGGGGAGGGAAAAAAACCGAGCGGGGCGGGAACUAUUUCCUCUCGCGAUAGCUGGCGACGGCAGCGGCGGCGGUGGCAGUGGUGGCGGCGUGUCCGUGAGAGUAGCGUGGGGGCGGGGAGGAGAGGCGGCGGCGGCAGCGUCUGAGCUACGCCACACAGGGUCUGGGCGUUGAGAGCCGGAGUGCAGAGCGGGGUCGUGGCGGCGGCGGUGAGGAAAGGGAGGAGGAGGAGGGGGUGCCAUGGCCGGGCAGCAGUUCCAGUACGAUGACAGUGGGAACACCUUUUUCUACUUCCUCACCUCCUUCGUGGGGCUCAUCGUGAUCCCGGCCACAUACUACCUCUGGCCCCGAGACCAGAAUGCCGAGCAAAUUCGAUUAAAGAAUAUCAGAAAAGUAUAUGGAAGGUGCAUGUGGUAUCGUUUACGGUUAUUAAAACCCCAGCCAAAUAUUAUUCCUACAGUAAAGAAAAUAGUUCUGCUUGCAGGAUGGGCAUUGUUCUUAUUCCUUGCGUACAAGGUUUCCAAAACAGACCGAGAAUAUCAAGAAUACAAUCCUUAUGAAGUAUUAAAUUUGGAUCCUGUAAAGAGAUUUUCUGAGAUUAAAAAGAAGCUUAGUUUAUUAUCUCUCAAACAAGAACCUGGGAGAGGUGGUAGUCAAUGUGGCUUUCUGAUUUUGCAACUUUGUUAUUUUGAUUCUAGUUUAACUGAUGAAGAGUCUCGGAAAAAUUGGGAAGAAUUCGGAAAUCCAGAUGGGCCUCAAGCCACAAGCUUUGGAAUUGCUCUGCCAGCUUGGAUAGUUGACCAGAAAAACUCAAUUUUGGUUUUACUUGUAUAUGGAUUGGCAUUUAUGGUUAUCCUUCCAGUUGUUGUGGGUUCUUGGUGGUAUCGCUCAAUACGCUAUAGUGGAGACCAGAUUUUAAUACGCACAACACAGAUUUAUACAUACUUUGUUUAUAAAACCCGAAAUAUGGAUAUGAAACGUCUCAUUAUGGUUUUGGCUGGAGCUUCUGAAUUUGAUCCUCAGUAUAAUAAAGAUGCCACAAGCAGACCAACAGAUAAUAUUCUAAUACCACAGCUAAUCAGAGAAAUUGGCAGCAUUAAUUUAAAGAAGAAUGAGCCUCCACUUACCUGCCCAUAUAGCCUGAAGGCCAGAGUUCUUUUACUAUCUCAUCUUGCUAGAAUGAAAAUUCCUGAGACCCUUGAAGAAGAUCAGCAAUUUAUGCUGAAAAAAUGCCCUGCCCUACUUCAAGAAAUGGUUAAUGUAAUCUGCCAACUAAUAAUAAUGGCCCGGAGCCGUGAAGAAAGGGAGUUUCGUGCUCCAACUUUGGCAUCCCUAGAAAACUGCAUGAAGCUUUCCCAGAUGGCUGUUCAAGGACUUCAGCAAUUUAAGUCUCCCCUCCUGCAGCUCCCUCACAUUGAAGAGGACAAUCUUAGAAGGGUUUCUAAUCAUAAAAAGUACAAAAUUAAAACUAUCCAGGAUUUGGUGAGUUUAAAAGAAUCAGAUCGUCACAGUCUGUUGCACUUCCUUGAAGAUGAAAAAUAUGAAGAAGUUAUGGCUGUCCUUGGGAGUUUUCCAUAUGUGACCAUGGACAUAAAAUCACAGGUAUUGGAUGACGAAGAUAGCAACAACAUCACAGUAGGAUCCCUAGUUACAGUGUUGGUUAAGCUGACAAGGCAAACAAUGGCAGAAGUAUUUGAAAAGGAACAGUCCAUUUGUGCUGCAGAGGAACAGCCAGCAGAAGAUGGGCAGGGAGAUACUAACAAGAACAGGGCAAAAGGAGGAUGGCAACAGAAGAGUAAAGGACCCAAGAAAACUGCUAAAUCCAAAAAAAAGAAACCUUUAAAAAAAAAACCUAUACCUGUGCCAUUAUCACAAUCAAAGCAACAAAAACAAAAGCAGGCAAAUGGAGUCGUUGGGAGUGAAGCUGCAAUAAAGGAAGAUGAAGAAGAAGUUUCUGACAAAGGCAGUGACUCUGAGGAAGAAGAAACCAAUAGAGAUUCCCAAAGUGAAAAAGAUGAUGGUAGUGACAGAGAAUCUGAUAGAGAGCAAGAUGAAAAACAAAACAAAGAUGAUGAAGCAGAGUGGCAAGAAUUACAACAAAGUAUACAGAGAAAGGAGAGAGCUCUGUUGGAAACCAAAUCAAAGAUAACACAUCCUGUGUAUAGUCUUUACUUUCCUGAGGAAAAACAAGAAUGGUGGUGGCUUUAUAUUGCAGAUAGGAAGGAGCAGACACUAGUAUCUAUGCCAUAUCAUGUGUGUACACUAAAAGAUACUGAAGAGGUAGAACUGAAGUUUCCUGCACCAGGCAAGCCUGGAAAUUAUCAGUAUACUGUGUUUCUGAGAUCAGACUCCUAUAUGGGUUUGGAUCAGAUUAAACCAUUGAAGUUGGAAGUUCAUGAGGCUAAGCCUGUGCCAGAAAAUCAUCCGCAGUGGGACACAGCAAUAGAGGGGGAUGAAGACCAGGAGGACAGUGAGGGCUUUGAAGAUAGCUUUGAGGAAGAAGAAGAGGAAGAGGAAGAUGAUGACUAAGCAGUACUAUGAACGGACCACAGUGUUUGCACAUCUUUGCAAAAUUUUGCUGUUUUGGAAGUGUAUAAUAAACCAGAAACAGGACACAACUGAUGUUAAGGGAGGUCUCGGUUUCUUUUCUCUAGAAAUGGGUGUGUUAUAUUAACUAGGCAGUGGUGGUGCCUUGGUACAAUCUGAAAAAUGCUUAGGGCUUAUUGAAGCCUUUCAAGUAUGGGAUGGUGCGUUUAUUUCAUCUGCAAAUGAUAAUAAAUCCUUUGUUAUUAUAACUGUUCAGAAGUGUGGGCUGUGUGUUAUCUGAUCAGUGUAUGGUCCCGGUUAAAAGUAAAGGUACAUGAAAAUCUAUAAAUGAGCAACUUUUCUUUGUUCAGCUUUAGUUUCAGUAAACAUUAAUGUAUGAUAAAUACUGCAAAUGUUUUAAGUAACAUCUGCUCAAGUUUAUAAUCUCUUGAUAAGCUCUAUUACUCAUUUAUUGACAUUUUUUAGUGAUAUAAGACUAUUUAUAACAGCUCCAUUCAUAGGUUUAAACAUUUUAUUUUUACCUCUAUCUUGGUCAUUAGUUGGCAUUCUCUCACAUUCCACAUAAUAUAGAGGGCUACAAUUUGAAAUUUUCCUUUUCUUAAUUGUCCAGAGUUAUCAGAUGGAUUAUAAAAACAGUUUUUAAUGGCUUAAAACAUUUUUAAGCCUCUCUCUUAGCAGAUCAAUGCAGGAUCUAAUUCUUUUCAUAAGCUAUUAGGUCUGAAAGUUAUUGUGGGACCAUAUGUUCUCUGAUAUUGGUGGCUUAUAUUAUUAAACCUUUUUUAAAAGGUUCACUCUAAAAGCUGAACUACAUUCUUAGCUUUUAAUCUACCUGACUCUAUCAGAAGCCUUUUAAGGAAAGUAAGUGUAACAUACAAAGAAGGCUUUUUUUGUAUUCAUUUUGGACUCCUGUCAAUAAAAUAGAAGUUUG